UCUUUUCACCUGCUUUACUCGCAUUAUCAGGUUCUUUUGUGAGGCUCUGUGGUUGAUUUGUGAAGAAGAAGAAAAAUGAGUGCGUUAAUCACCCUUCCUUUGAUAGACCUUUCGUCUUUGAAGGAUCCUUCUUCCAGAUCUCAAACAAUAAAAAUAAUUCAGACUGCAUGCAAACAAAUCGGCUUCUUUCAGGUUGUAAACCAUGGAAUUUCUGAGUCUGUUACAAAAGAUGCCAUAGACACAGCAACGAAGUUCUUUGAGUUGCCAGAGGAGGAGAAGAGGCGUCUAGCUUCAGAUGAUGUUCUAAGCCAGUGAGAUAUAGUACGAAUAUCAGAACUGAUGAUGUGAGGGAAGAAGAAAUUUACUUUCAGAGAAGUUUCCUUAAGGUUUACACUCAUCCAAUCUCAAAUUGGAUCCAUCUCUGGCCUGCAAACCCUCCGAAUUUCAAGGAAAAAAUGGGGCAAUACGUGAUGGCAGUGCAAGAGCUUCAAAAUCUACUUACAAAUCUUGUUCUGGAGAGCUUGGAUAUAAACCCUAGCUCCAUGCAAAAACAAAUUGAAGAAGGCAUGCACGUCCUGGCUGUGAACUCAUAUCCAUUCAGCGCUGAACCAAACCUCACUUCAGGCGUAGCACCUCACACAGAUCAUGGCUUACUUACAAUCUUACUUCAGAGUUAUCCAGGGCUACAAAUCAAGAACAGUGAUGAUACAUGGGUUAAUACACCGUUUAAUGAAAGAGCAUUGAUAGUACUUUUGGGAGAUCAAAUGGAAGUACUAAGCAAUGGAAUAUAUAAGAGUGUGAUUCAUCAAGCAAUUAGUUCAGAUCAUAAUCGAAUUUCCAUUGCAAAUGUUAAUAGUUUUGCAUUAGAGGAAAAAAUCAGGCCUGCACCAUUUCUGGUAAAUGAAGAACGUGAAAGCUUUUAUGAAGAGUGUAGCUUCAAGGAUUUUCUUGACUUCUUGUCAAGCAGUGAUUAUAAACAGAAAAUUAGGUUUAUUGAUACCUUGAAGAAGAAUGUCGUCAAAGGACAAGUAUAGUGAUAGAAUAUGGGAUAAAGAUGAAUUAGGAUAAUUAUGGUUAAUUUAAGAUAUUAGAGUUAUCUAUUAGGAAUAUUUGAAUAAGGAUGUAUAUCCAUUAGUAUUAGGAUUUAUUACUUUAUUUUAUCAUUAUCUUAGGUUUAUUUAUCUUUAAUAAAAUAAGACAUGAGAAUCCUAUCACUAUCUUUAAAUUUUGAAUUAGAUUUAAAUUUAUUAUUUUA